AUGGCCGACGAGAAGACCUUUCGCUACGCCUUCAUCAUGCUGGGCUUCUUCCUCGUCAUGACGGGGCUCUUCAUCAUGAGCGUGGACAAGCCCCACAUCUACAUCACCUUCUGCACCUUGGGCAUCCUGCUCGUGGCCGUGGGCAUCACCUGGAGCAUGUGCCAGUGCUACCCCAAGAUCACCUUCGUCCCCGCGGACUCGGAGACGGAGCAGUUCCUCGUGCCCCGUGCGGUGCUGCCGGCGGCGGGGGAGAAGCCGGGGAAGCAGCGCCUGCAGGCUCCCGACGGGCGCCGCGAGGAGCCCGGCGCCUACGAGAAGAGCCUGCCCACGUACGAGCAGGCGCAGCGGCAGGCGGCCGCCGAGGUGCACCCCGAGCGGCCGGGCCCCGCGGCCGCCCCCCACACCAGCCUGCCCCGCGGCGGGACGGCCGCCGGCGGCAGCCCCGCGGCGCCGCUCGCCACAUUCCCCGAGGAGCUGGACGGGCCGUCGCCGGCGGGCUCGGCGCCCGGCAGCCCCGGCACGGCGCGCGACGACCUCUACUACGGCCUGCACGAGGGCUGGGACACACUGGCGGCCGACGGCGARCUCCAGUUCGAGCCCGAGGACUAG